AUGUAUUCGUUGUGGAAAGAAUUAAGCAGUCAGGUAAAAAAAAAAGCAGAAAAUAUAAGCACAAUUAUAAAUGAAAUAAAUAUAAACAAUGUGGAUAUCGAUUUGAACGAUGGGAAUAAUAAUACAGAUUCUAUAAGUUUAAAAACAAGCAUUAAUAAUAAACUAAAUGAGAUAAAUAAUAAAUAUAUAUUGAAUGCAACUGAAUCUCCAGAAUUUAUUUAUUAUAAUAAUAAAAUAGUAAAUGGUAUUAAUAAUUUUAAAAAAAUAGUUAGUGAUAUAUAUCAUGAAAAAAUAAAUACAACUACCGAUGGAAGUGAAAAUGUAAAUUCGCAUAAUAUCAAUUCGGAUAAUAUACAUUCUCACAGUUCAAAUUCGAUCUUAAAUGAUUGCAAAAUAUAUUUAUCCAGAGUUGUUCCAUGGAAAAAAGGAGAUAUUAUGGUCUCUAAAAUUUACAGAAAAAAAUAUUGUGAGUCUUGCCCUAUAAAACUACCUGAUAAUAAAAUUAACCAAAUAAUUUAUGAACAAGUAUCAAAAUUAAAUAAAGAUAAAAAUAAAAUUAUUUAUACUAACAUAUUACAGAAUUAUAAUUUUAAUUGGGAAAAAAAAAAAAUACAAAGUGAAGAAAUUCUUAAACAAGAUAUAAAUUUAUUAGAAACAAAAAAUUAUAUUGUUCCUGCAUAUAUGAAUGAACUAGCAUUUUGGAAAUCUUAUUAUUUUAAUAUAGAUAUUAUAUAUAAUGAAUUAGCAGAUUAUAUUUAUCAAAAUAAGCAAACUAUUUUUGAAGAGUAUAUUCAAGAGGAAGAAUUUGUUUAUCCUCCAAAAUGUAGCGAACAAAAAAACAGUUACGACGCGUCUCAUUUUGGCAUUAGAUGUGAUAAUGUAGAGGACCAACGAAAUAAUUUUCCAAAUAAAAAUAAUUUAGUAACUUUUUCUUAUUCUGCAUCUUCCUCCUUUAUUAGAGGCUUUGAUGAGGCAUAUGCUGAAAGUAAAAGAAUUUCGGAAAAAUCUGAUUCUACAGAAUUAAUGAAUAUAAAAUUAAAUGAAGUGGAGAAUAAUGAAUGUGUAACUUUAGAUUCUAAACAUGAUUAUAGUAUUGAACCAACUGAAUUCUCAAACUCUCAAGAAAAAUUAACUAAACAUGAUGAUAUGAUUGAUGAAAAUAAUGCAUCUUUUAAUGAUCAACCAAGUAAAAUGCCGAUCAAUAGUGAUGGUGAAAAUAAUGCAUCUUUUAAUGAUAAAAUAAACAAAAUGCCGAUAAAUAGUGAUAGUGAAGAAGUUCUUUUUCAUUUUAAUCAACCACACAAAAAUCACAGUCCUGCCAAGUUUGACAAUUAUGACAAGUUUGACAAGUUUGACAAGUUUGACAAUUAUGACAAGUUUGACAAUUAUGACAAGUUUGACAAUUAUGACAAGUUUGACAAGUUUGACAAGUUUGACAAUUAUGACAAGUUUGACAAUUAUGACAAGUUUGACAAGUUUGACAAGUUUGACAAUUAUGACAGUCCUGACUUAAAAACAAAAAACGAAACAGAUCCGAUUUUAAAUUUCCCAAAAGAUUCAGAUAAGAUUAUUGAAAAAUACAAAGAAAUAAAUAUAGAUGACAUAAAUUUUGUUGACUUAAAUUUUGGUGAUGAUAUAAAUAAAUUUGAUGCCAAAGAGUUGGAACAAUUUGAAAAAGAUCUCUUGAAUUUUUAA